UGGGAUCCAGACAACUCCACUUCCUCUCACUUUGCUUUCUGGCCACCAUGGCCAACCUUAUCCACCACAUCCUCCCACCACGAUGGGCUUCCUCACCACAGCCCUGAAAGCAGCGGGGCCAAGUGACCAUGGAUGGGAGUCUCCGAAACUGUGGACCCGAUAAACUCUCCUCUGACCGACUGAACCAUCGCAGGUGUCCGUGACAGUUACAGAAAAGAGACUGACACGAUCAGCUCUGAUGAAGCAUUCCAAACUACCUCAUUCUUAUUUUGUUUUGAAAUCACGUGGCAAUUUUCACUCCGCACUGAGAUAUGGAUGACGUUGAAUUAUCACUUUGAAGAAAAUUGCUAAGAAGAAUUAUAUUUCAAUUAAAGAAGCCAAAUGAGGGAAACUCCAUAUCCUGUUCAAGAGGAGAAGCAGAAGAAAUGCUCUGGCCUUGCAGGAAUGGGAUCCUGGCUCUGUUUCCUUUUUCUUUUUUAGUUUGACAAAAUGUAUUGAUUAUUUUAGGAAAGACAUUCAUCUCAGUCAUUCCUCUCCUCAUCUUGACCUUAGAUUAGUAUUUUAUUUGGGUCAAGAUAAGAGCAUGUAGGACAGGGAUGCUAUUUCAACAAACAGCAAAAUGAACAAAAAUGAAUCGUUUGCCUACAUAAAAUACCUACGAUGUGCUUUUGAGAGGCCUGGCUCUGUUUCUCUGUGCUGGUGUCUGCUCAUCCGUUCUCCCCUCUGCGGAACUUACUACGCAUCGAGUGACUGUGUCAGGAGGCCCCGUCCCUUAGCCAUCACCUCCUCCCAUGCUGCUCUCCCCAACGUGGUCACCUGGGGCCUCACGAGGACUUUGGGGUCCUGUCAUGCCGUCGCCGUUCGGAGCAAAGCUGUUCUCACCUGGCUGCCCCCCCCCGCACGAGCCACACCCACACUUCCCACCAAACCCUGGCACGCCGGCCCCGGGAGCCUCAGGAGCUCUGGGGACAGUGCAGCCAGCUGCUUUGCCCCAGCUCCCCACCCCUGCUGUUGCUGCCUGCAGCCCCUGAGUCCUCAGCACACGGUCCAGGUGCCUGUCUGGGGGUCCAGUGUGAGAGGCCCCCGGGUCCUGCACACUGCCGAGAGCGGCCUGCUCGGUCUCAUGGGAAUGUCCAAGGCGGUUCAGUGCGUGAGGUCCGACGGUGGCGUCACAGCCCAUGCUCCUUCUGUCUGUCACAUUGAUCCUAUGAAGCUGCUGAGAUCAAGGCAUUAAUUAUACCUGCA